CAUCCUCUCUCUCUUUCUCUUGACUGUUUUGCUCCACAGAGACAAAUAGUAGGACUUUUUAAAAACUAACUAAGAAAAAGGUUGAGAAAAGUGGCUGCUACGUGGCGAACCACAACAAUGACCCGGUCCUGACUAACACUGAAUGGAUUAUCCAAUCUAUUCUGAGCGUUAAUGAGCUUUGAGUGUCAGCGCCGACAUGGGUCGCGGCGGCGAGGCACCUUUCGUUGAGCUCCUCGGGGAACGUUUUCCCUGCCAGCAGACCUCCAGACGUGGAAAUGGCGUUUUUUGGUACUGAAGAUGCCACUGAUGCCUGCGGAGACAGUGACAGACAUCUGAAUGCACGCUCACCUGUGUCGCUUUUGCGCGCGGAUUCCUAGAAGUAGUAAAAGUAGCAGUGGUAAAGGUGGACAACAUGAAGUACCAGAAAUAUAUCACGGUGAUGCAGAUGGCCAUGGGAGUGACAGCCUCCAACAAAGACUGCCUCCCUGCUAAGAGACAGCUGUGGGUUACUCCACCAGAUGGAGACACAUCCUCUUCAGGUGCUCCUGGGUGUUCAGAUGGGCAUAUAGGUGCUAUGGGUGGCACUGGUGCUAUGGCAAUGCCUGUCCCCUCCACCCUCUUGUUGCCCAUGAGCCAGGGUAAACCCUCUCUGCGCCGCAUCAAAGGCCGCAUUCACCGCAGCAAGAGCCUAGACAGCAUGGACCUGCUUGACUCCAGUAGUGCAGCAAUGGAGGAAACGGUCAUAUGGGAACAGCACACAGUGACCCUUCACAGGGCUGCAGGAUUUGGGUUUGGCAUUGCCAUCUCAGGUGGGCGAGACAACCCUCAUUUCCAGAGUGGAGAGACAUCCAUUGUCAUUUCCGAUGUGUUGAAAGGAGGUCCUGCAGAGGGGCUGCUACAAGAAAAUGAUCGAGUGGUUAUGGUCAAUGCUGUCUCUAUGGACAAUGUAGAACAUGCCUACGCUGUGCAGCAACUUCGCAAGAGUGGCAAAAAUGCAAAGAUAACUAUACGUAGGAAAAGGAAAGUGCAGGUCCCUCUUUCACGGGCAGGGGAUAGGGAAACGAUGUCAGAGCAUGAGGAAGGGGACACUGAUGAGGAUGAUGGCUAUGAGCACCGCAAUGGUCGUGGCGGCCAGAGUGCAUAUGGAGGGGCAAGCGGAGGUGCGGGCACCGGCAGGCGUCCUGAUCGUGAGCGUAGCGGCAGGCAGGAGCACAGUGCCUCCCGGGAGAGGAGCACCUCACCACGCUCUGAUCGCCGAUCACAGACCUCAUCUGCUCCACCCAGGCCCGCCAAGGUCACCCUUGUCAAGUCCCGCAAAAAUGAAGAAUAUGGAUUGCGACUGGCCAGCCACAUCUUUGUGAAGGACAUCUCUCCUGAGAGCCUUGCUGCCAGGGAUGGAAACAUCCAGGAGGGAGAUGUUGUGCUUAAGAUCAAUGGCACAGUUACAGAGAACCUAUCACUGGUAGAUGCCAAGAAGCUGAUUGAGAGGUCAAAGGGCAAGUUGAAGAUGGUGGUGCAGAGAGAUGAGCGAGCCACGUUGCUCAAUGUUCCUGACCUCGAUGACAGCAUCCCAUCAGCUAAUAACUCAGAUAGAGAUGACAUUUCAGAAAUACAUUCACUUACAUCAGACCAUUCAAAUCGAUCCCAAGGGCGAGGUAGUCGAUCACGUUCACCUGACAGGCCUGAACCUUCGGACCAUCUCCGUCACUCACCUCGGCAGAUCAGCAACGGCAGCCUUCGAAGUCGAGAUGACGAUCGCGUAUCCAAACCGGGGACCAUAUCUACACCAGUCAAAAGCUCUGAUGCCGUCUUGUCACAGGCCAGUGACCAGAGCAGCUCCAGAGAUGACAAACUGUUACCUCCACUUCCUGAACCAAAGCCAGUGUAUGCACAACCUGGUCAGCCUGAUGUGGACCUACCUGUCAGCCCUUCUGAUGCCCCUGUACCCAGCGCCGCUCAUGAUGACAGUAUUCUCAGGCCGAGUAUGAAGCUGGUUAAGUUCAAGAAGGGAGAGAGUGUCGGUCUGCGGUUAGCUGGAGGGAACGAUGUGGGAAUUUUUGUGGCAGGUGUUUUAGAAGACAGUCCUGCAGCCAAGGAGGGCCUGGAGGAGGGAGACCAGAUUCUCAGGGUGAACAAUGUGGACUUUGCUAACAUCAUCCGGGAGGAGGCUGUGCUCUUUUUGCUGGAUCUCCCAAGAGGAGAAGAUGUUACUAUUCUGGCUCAGAAGAAAAAGGAUGUGUACCGGAGAAUAGUGGAAUCGGAUGUGGGCGAUUCCUUUUACAUUCGGACACAUUUUGAAUAUGAAAAAGAGUCACCGUAUGGGCUGAGCUUCAACAAGGGCGAGGUGUUCCGUGUAGUCGACACGCUCUACAACGGCAAAUUAGGCUCCUGGCUCGCCAUCCGAAUUGGCAAGAAUCAUCAGGAAGUAGAAAGGGGCAUCAUCCCCAAUAAGAACAGGGCUGAGCAGCUGUCUAGCGUGCAGUACACCCUCCCCAAAACACCAGGGGGAGAUAGAGCUGACUUCUGGAGAUUCCGAGGGUUGCGAAGCUCCAAGAGGAAUUUGCGUAAGAGCAGGGAGGACGUGUCAGCCCAGCCAGUUCAGACCAAGUUCCCUGCAUAUGAGAGGGUGGUGCUGAGGGAAGCUGGGUUCUUAAGACCUGUGGUUAUCUUUGGGCCGAUAGCAGAUGUGGCCAGGGAGAAACUGGCCAGGGAGGAACCAGACGUUUUUGAACUAGCGAAAACACAGAAACACCCAGGAGGGGAAAAGAGUGAGCCCAGGGAUGCAGGACCUGACCAGAAAAGCUCCGGCAUCAUUCGCCUGCACACCAUUAAACAGAUCAUUGACCGAGACAAGCAUGCAGUGCUGGACAUCACCCCUAAUGCGGUGGACCGUCUGAACUAUGCUCAGUGGUAUCCGAUUGUGGUGUUUCUCAACCCAGACACCAAGCAGGGUGUGAAGAACAUGAGGACCCGCCUCUGCCCUGAGUCUAGGAAGAGUGCCAGGAAACUGUUUGAUCGAGCCCUCAAAUUAAGGAAGAACAACCACCACCUCUUCACCACAAUCAUUAACUUGAACAACAUGAAUGAUGGUUGGUUUGGGGCACUGAAAGAGCUAAUCCAGCAGCAGCAGAAUCAGCUGGUGUGGGUGUCAGAGGGCAAGGCUGAUGGGGUAGCUGAUGAUGACCUGGACCUCCAUGAUGACCGCCUGUCCUACCUGUCGGCGCCAGGCAGUGAGUAUUCCAUGUACAGCACCGACAGUCGCCACACAUCUGACUAUGAGGACACUGACACAGAGGGUGGAGCCUACACUGACCAGGAGCUGGAUGAAACACUGAAUGACGAUGUGGGUCCACCCACGGGGCCUGCCAUCACCCGAUCCUCUGAGCCUGUCCGUGAGGACCUCACUGUCAUCCAGGAGCCCCCUGGCUACGCUCGCUACCCGAACACAGUGCAGCCAGACCCCCUGAACCGCAUCGAUCCGGCUGGGUUCAAGGCACCAGCGCCACAGCAGAAAGCAGAGGCCGCUGCCAUCCCUAGCAUCCCCCUGCAGCCUGAGCCCCUGGCUGGGACAAUGUCCCCUGCUGUCGGCGUUACUGUAAAAACUGUAGGGGGUCUGAGCCCUGACGAGGCUCCUGCAGCUCCCCACAGACAGCCCAGCCCCAAGCCAGAGACUGGCUCACUUAGGAGGCCCACCCCUGAGCUAGCUCCUCAGAGCAUCACACCAGAACCUCUACAGUCUGGAGUGGCCAGUUCCGAACCUAAGAUGUUUCAGAAGGAUCCAUACAGUACAGACAACACAGGGAGAAUGGGUCACAGCAUGAAGCCUGUGACUUACAACCCUCAACAGGUAUAUCACCCUGACCAGCAGCCAUACAGAGAUUACGACCACCCACCAAGUCGGUAUGAUGUCAGUAGUGGAGGUGGUUACGUAGAACCAAAGUACCGCAACUAUGACUCUAACCUGCCCUACGAGAAUAGCAUGCCUCACUACGACCAGCAGCAGUGGAACCCCUACGGCCAGCCACUCUCUACUGCCAACGCCCAGGGUUAUAAUUCCAAUUUGCCAUAUGGUGACAGCCCUGAAUCCCAGUACACCCCUCCUCUCCGCUACGACGAACCCCCACCUCAACAGGGGUUUGAUGGACGGCCUCGCUAUGGUAAACCGCCAGGGCCUGUUCGUUAUGAUGAUCGUCCCUCCCCUGUUCCAGGGCCUGACCUGCACUAUGAUCAAGAUUUUCACCUGAGCAAAUACCCCUCAGCUGCCCGUUCCCCCGACCCCGCUGUCCAGCGGCCUGCCUAUAAACAGGGACCAGCACAGCAGCAAAAAGGCUACAAACCUCAGCAGUACGACCCUACUCCUGUGAACUCUGAAACUAGCCCCACACCUCCUCCCAAAGCAGAGGUCUCCUUCCCUUCCCCUGCAGUCUCUCCAAAGCCUGCACCUUCCAGGGACAAGCAACCAGAGGACGACCCCGCCAUGUGGCCCCAGUCAGUCCUGACAAGGGUCAAGAUGUUUGAGAACAAACGCUCUGUGUCCGUGGACCGAGCCAAAGAAACCAAUGAGUCAUCUGGAAACAGGGCAGCUGAUUUGCCUGUGAAAGGUGGAGUAAUCCCUAAAGCAAAUUCUCUGAGCAACCUGGAUCAAGAGAAAACCUUUAGAGCCCCUGAGCCUCAGAAGCCGCAGUCUAAGGCAGCUGAUGAUAUUGUGCGCCCCAACCAUUACGAUCCUGAUGAGGACGAGGACUACUACAAGAAACAGCUAUCGUACUUUGACAGGCUUCAGACUGGCCCCAGCAAACCCCAGCAACAAGCACAAGCAAUGCACAGCUACCCCAGGACAGAGUCAGUGGAGAAACCAAGUCCAUUAGAGAAAAAAUAUGAACCAGUUCCCCAAGUGACGCCGUCUCUGCCACCAGCAACACUGCCCAAACGUUCAGCUGAAGCCAAACCUCCAGCCCGAGAGGACACCGUCCAGACCAACUUCCUGCCUCACAAGAGUUUCCCUGAGAAGUCUCCAGUUAAUGGCACAAGUGAACAGCCAACAAAAACGGUCACUAGCGUCGGGGCCCCACCGGCAACCAACUAUAACUGUUAUGUGCCCAAGCCCUACACCACCUCUGCCAAGCCUUUUACACGCAUGUUUGACACACCUAAAUUCAGCCACAACCUUCUGCCCAAUGACAACCCUGAGACUGCUCCAAAGGUCCGGAGCUCCAGCCCAGUAAAGCCUCAGACACCUGCGCAGCCCCAUAGCACAGACCUAGAUAGUGGUCUGGACACUUUCUCGCGCACUGCGGACCACCGCUCCAAAUACCAGCACAACAACAUCAACGCUGUGCCCAAGGCCAUCCCUGUGAGCCCCACCACCCUGGAUGAUGGUGAUGAUGAAGAUGAGGGCCACACAGUUGUUGCAACAGCUCGAGGUAUCUUCAACUGCAACGGUGGCGUCCUGAGUUCCAUUGAGACAGGUGUCAGCAUAAUUAUCCCACAGGGCGCCAUCCCUGAGGGCGUGGAGCAGGAGAUCUACUUCAAGGUCUGUCAAGACAACAGCAUCCUGCCCCCGCUCGAUAAGGAGAAAGGAGAGACUCUGCUCAGCCCUCUGGUGAUGUGUGGACCUCAUGGUCUCAAGUUUUUGAAGCCCGUGGAGCUACGCUUACCUCACUGUGCGUCAAUGACCCCUGAUGGUUGGUCUUUUGCUCUAAAAUCCUCCGACUCCUCGUCGGGUGACCCAAAAAGCUGGCAGAACAAGUCUCUCCCCGGGGAUCCCAACUACAUGGUGGGAGCCAACUGUGUUUCGGUGCUCAUUGACCACUUUUAAGGACGGGCCAGCAGGUGUGAUGUUGCCGACUGUGGAAGGAAGGUGGAUAAAAUGAAGACGAUGGACACACACAUGUACACUCCACAUAUAGAGACACACCACAUUAUGGAGAAUAAAGAAGGUUCAGUCAGUGCUGUUUACUGCACCCGCGGAUGAAGGCAAAACACUUGAUGGUCUUUAAGCUUUUGUCCAAUUAGAAGUUUUGAGAUGAAAUGAAACCAUUGAUGCAGAACACGAGCCACUGAGGAUUGGCACUAUAUAUAAGGCAAUGUUUAAGCUAAGUUUUUGACAUUGAUGAAGACAAAUGCUUUUGAGGUAGGGUACAUGUUUCAAAGAUCUGUGUUGGUGUGUGUAUAUAUGCUGUAUAUGCAUACAGUGUAUAUAUAUAUAUAGUAGUACAGAGAAGAUGUACUGAAACAUUACCCAUGAAGUCAGUCUUGUUGUUUUUCAGUUCAGGUGACUGAAGACAGAUGUUUUUACACACUGAGGGAAUUUACUGAAGGUUUGAGUCGGACAGAGGUGAGAUGAAACCGGAGAUGAUGACGUUUGCAAGUAUCUGCUGAAGGAGCUGGCAAAACGCAAUCUGGAUAUGAACCCCAGCAGCAAACUUUUAGAGGCGUUCUUCCUUCACUUCUUCCUUUAUUCUUCCUGUUCAUACAGUAAUAACUUGUAGCUAACUUUCCUACGGAGCACCACGUCUCUCCUUCCAGCCUGAGGGAGAUCUAUGCAUGUUCUUUACUCAGGUCCUGUAGCCUCCUCAGUUCCUUCCUCACAUCUGCGUCUCUUUCUGUCUUCUCUUCUGUUUCUUUUUUUCUCUUUGCACUCGCAUACAAAUGAGCAGUGAUGCCUUAACUGCAGAUUAUUCACUUUUCAUAAAACAAAAUAAGUUAUGAUAAAUUAUGGUAUAAUAGCAUUUGUUUAGCCAUUUUCUGUGAACCCACUGUACAAAUGAACUUGGGUUUAGCACACAAUAACAGUUGAUACAGGAUAAUGAAGGUGUGCUCUUCUUUUAUCUGCUAUGCAUUACUUAAAACAACAGAAGAAGAAGAAGUGGC